UAUUGAACAAAUAGAGCCAUGACUGAUGCUAUCCACACGAAUAAUACAAUACUAAUAUUCUCCGCCACAAGACGCUUGCGGACACGGAACGGAGUGCGUGCGGAUAACCAAAGUCUCCACCGGUAAUAAAUCAAUCUCAUACACGGACAAGACCAAGACCCCCCACCGCGCCGGUUUUCGGUGGACGGUCUCUGGUUUUGACGCAGUCAGUCAUGGGCCUUAUAUAUUUUUUGUGACCUGCUUCUUCUCCUUUUUCUUCCUGGAAGAACUAGACUGCUUUUAUUUAAAAUCUCCAGCAUCAUGUCGGCCGCGAAAGAUAUCAGCGUCAGCGCGAGCGAACUAGCUCGUCCGGUCAUGUCGAGUCUAGGCCUCUCGAUUUCUCCCAUUGCUGGCUUUCAGCCACAGCCUGCGGCGAAGCAGCUCAAGCCUUUUGCGACAGAGGACAUCAAGAUUCUCCUUCUCGAAAACGUCAAUCAGACCGGACGGGAUAUCCUCUCCAAGCAGGGCUACCAAGUCGAGUUUCUGAAGUCAUCGCUGCCAGAAGACCAGUUGAUUGAGAAGAUCAGAGAUGUGCAUGUGAUCGGUAUCCGGUCCAAGACCAAGCUCACUGCCCGAGUGCUCAAGGAAGCGAAAAAUCUUAUAGUCGUGGGAUGUUUCUGUAUCGGAACCAACCAGGUCGAUCUACAAUAUGCUGCGCAACAUGGAAUCGCUGUCUUCAAUUCGCCCUUCAGUAACUCUCGUUCGGUGGCCGAGCUCGUCAUUUCAGAGAUCAUCGCCUUGGCUAGGCAGUUGACUGAUCGCUCGAAUGAAAUGCACCAGGGCACAUGGAACAAGGUCAGCAACAAGUGCUGGGAGAUUCGUGGAAAGACUCUAGGUAUAAUUGGAUACGGUCACAUCGGUUCCCAACUGUCGGUUCUCGCGGAGGCUAUGGGAAUGUCCGUGAUCUACUACGACGUCGUCAACCUGAUGGCAAUGGGAACGGCACGACAAGUUCCUACCCUCGAGGAUCUUCUCCGUGCCUCCGACUUCGUCACCUUGCAUGUUCCCGAGCUGCCAGAGACGAAGAACAUGAUCGGAUCGCAGCAGUUCGAACAGAUGAAGGAAGGGAGCUACUUGAUCAACGCCAGCCGAGGCAGCGUUGUCGACAUCCCUGCACUGGUCCUCGCCAUGCGCUCUGGAAAGCUCGCUGGUGCCGCGAUCGACGUCUACCCCAACGAGCCAGCAGGCAAUGGAGACUACUUCAACAACGACCUUGGCUCCUGGGUCAAUGACCUCCGCGGUCUCAAGAACAUCAUCCUCACCCCUCACAUUGGAGGAAGUACCGAAGAAGCUCAGAGGGCGAUCGGAGUCGAGGUCGCCGAAGCUCUCGUGAGAUACGUCAAUGAGGGAACGACCCUAGGCGCCGUCAACCUUCCAGAAGUCAACCUCCGCUCGUUGACAAUGGACGAACCCGACCACGCCCGAGUAAUCUACAUUCAUCACAAUAUCCCUGGUGUGCUCCGCACAGUGAACGAAAUCCUCGGAGACCACAACGUCGACAAGCAGAUGACCGACAGCAGAGGCGAUGUCGCUUAUCUGAUGGCUGAUGUCAGCAAUGUCAACACCGCUACAAUCAAAGAUCUCUACGAGAGACUCGAAAGCCUUUCAUCUCGGAUCAUGACGCGAAUCCUUUACUAAGCCAUAUCUUUCUAUCCCAUGCGGACACGACCACUAGGUAUGACUGACUCGCAUCUCUGAUGAAGUUGCCUGUUAGCCUUGGAACCAAUUGGAUAUGCCACUGCCGCAUUUCUUCAUGUUAUUCUUGGGCUAGACAGGUGGGAAUGAAAAAAAAAAAAAAGAAGAGGAACGAGGGUUAAGAAAAAUAGCUUUUUUUUUUUUGUUUACAUGGUUACAUAGCUUUAUAGGGCCC